UUUCAUCAUCCAAAACCAGAAUCCGGGGUUUCAAUUCUAUCCUUCCCCCCCCCCCACUGAACUCACUUUCCACCACCAAUCAACCACCGCAACUAAAAUGGCAGCCGCUUCCGCCACCGCCCUCUCCGCCGCCUUAUCGUCCCUCUCCCUCAACCGCAAACCCUCCCUCUCCUCCUCCCACCACCGCCAUUCCGCCGCCGCAAAAACCCCCCUCCCCCUCAUCUCCAACAAUUCCCUCCGCAGACUCCCCCCACCCAAGGUCAACCCCGCCGACCUACAAACCACAAUCUACCCCGACGAUGACCCGGAGGGAGUCUCCACAUUCAGCCCGCCGGAGCGCCCGGAGGACUUCAUCGCGCCGCCGUCGUUCGACGACGGACCAAUGGAGUCGGAGGAGGACAUCGCGAGAGCCUACGAAGAAAUCUACGGCCCCGCGUACAGCGGCGAGACUCUCCUCGGCAACGAUGUGUACGUAAUGGACGCUAAGGUGAAGAAGGCAACCGGGUUCGGGUCAAAAACUAAGAAAGAGAAAGUCAGAGAUGGGUUUGAUGAACGGGUGGUUCAGGUGAGGAGGGUUACGAAGGUUGUGAAGGGAGGGAAGCAAAUGCACUUCCGUGCUAUUGUUGUCGUCGGCGAUAAACAAGGCAAUGUCGGCGUCGGUGUCGGAAAGGCCAAGGAGGUGGUUUCCGCUGUCCAGAAAUCGGCCCUUAAUGCUAGACGGAACAUCGUCAGCGUGCCCAUGACGAAAUACAAGACGUUUCCUCACAGAUCUGAAGCAGACUAUGGGGCAGCAAGAGUGAUGCUUCGACCAGCUUCACCAGGUACAGGUGUCAUCGCCGGAGGGUCAGUCCGGAUAGUUCUAGAACUCGCCGGAGUCGAGAACGCCCUCGGAAAACAGCUAGGCAGUAACAACGCUCUAAACAACGCAAGAGCCACAGUUGUUGCUGUACAGAAGAUGAGACAGUUUCGUGAAGUGGCCGAAGAACGCGGCAUUCCCAUGGAAGAAUUGUGGAAGUGAUUCUAUUCAUUAUUAUUACACAAACUUAAUUAAUUAAUUGUCUGUUCUUUUUUGUAGAGAACUAAAUCAAAGUUGUUGUUGCCAAUUUUCUCUUGUUGUUGUGUGAGUAAGAAAUUGUUUAUCUUGUUUUCAGUCCAGAAACAGUGUUGUCUUUUAUCUCUGUCUGUUGAUUACUGUAUUCUCUGUCUUAAUGGGAUAAUGCAUUUUGUAUAGUAUUUCCAGAGGCUGUUUUAUUG